CUGCUGUUGCAGACCCUAAGAGCUCUAAGCAGAGGCGCACCAUGCCUUGUGCGGAAGGUGAGCUGUACCUUCAACAGGACAGAACGCCGCAAGACCCUCAUGGCCACGUCUGCCAGGGAGGAUGUGGAGGGCGGCUCCACGGCAAUUGCGGCAGCGUGUUUGACGACAUCGAGACGCACCGUAUAUGCAGCACGUGCGUUACCAGGAUUGGCAAGCGCAAAGCGGCAGCAGCUGACGGUGCUGGGGCGGGACCAUCUAAACGCCAGAAGAACAAGAGCGGUGGGAGCAAGAAGGGGGGUGUUCGUGCGCGCCCGGACAACAACACGAAGCUUGAGAUACUCAAGCUGCUGGAUGCGAAGGUCUCUCAAGUACAGAUUGCAGACCGCUUCGGGUGCUCGGAGCGGUUUGUUAGGACUGGGAAGGCUGACCGGAAGAAGGUGGAGGCUGCGACUCCUGCAGGCGGCGGCACCCAGAAAACCGCGCGCAAGGGAGACUUUCCGGAGGUGGAUGCGAUAGCUCUUUAUCUGCUCGCCAAAGCCCGGAAGGCCAAGAUGCCCGUCACACGCGAUGUCCUUCGAAGCUUCGGCCGUACCGCCAGGACAACCCUGCUGGCUGACACCGCAACUUCUGCAGCAGUAAGGGCGAGGGUCGAGGACUUCAAGGCCGGCGAGAAAUGGACAAAGAACUUCGUGAAGCGCAACAACAUCCAAAGCGUGCGACUUCAUGGCGAGGCUGGUAGCGUCGACAGGGCGGUUAUCAAGGAGGGCAUGGACGAAGAGGAGGGCAGUGGCGAUGACAACACGGGGCCCGAGCGCCGUGCUCCACCUGGUUAUGCUGAGCUGUCGCCUCACUUCAGCGUCCUAGAAGCGGCAGCAGAUGAGAGUUGCAACGGAGACGCGGCGUUCUUCUUAACGAAAGCGAAGACGGCAAUGAUUGCAGCGCAUUCCGCUAAGCGGGUGCGCCAGGCAGACAUGAGAGAGUUUGUUGCUCCUACGGAGUUAGGUGUGUGCAGCUGUUGUAUGUAG